AUGGAGUGCAGGAAUGUGAACAAACAGAUUGUUUUACCCGUUUUCUACGACAUAGAUCCCUCAAGUGUACGGCAUCAAAAAGGCCCUUUUAAGAAGGCAUUUGCUCGUCAUGAAUUGAAGUAUCAAGGAAACAACUUGAAGGUGCAAAAUUGGAGAUCAGCCUUGAAAAAUGCUGCUGGCCUAUCUGGCUAUGUUUCAUCCCAUUUCGGUAAUGACUCCGAGCUCAUCGAUAUAAUCGUCAAAGAUGUUUCGUUAAGAUUGAAUGUUAUCCGUCCUUCUCCUAGUGAAUCAAAAGGCCUUGAGGAAAAAUACAUUCCUGUUCAAGAAAAACCUCUUAGUAAAAGAAAAGUUUUUGUGGUGCUUGAUGAUGUGGGUACUCUAGAACAAUUAAAGCAUCUGGUUACAGAGGGAAUUUGCUGGGGACCUGGUAGUAGAGUCAUUGUAACAAGCAAAUACAAGCAAGCACUAGCUACUAUAGGAGGACUACUUCAUGAAAUGCUUGAGGUCAAGGAAUUGGACUUUGAAGAAUCCCUCAAGCUUUUCAGCUUAAAUGCCUUCAAAAAGAGCCAUCCUGAGAGGGGAUAUGAAGAACUUUCAAAAAGACUAGUUGCUUAUGCCAAGGGCCUUCCUCUAGUUUUAAAAGUUUUGGGUUUGCGUCUUUGUUCUAGAGAUAUAGAAGCAUGGGAAAAUACAUUGAGAAAACUUGAGAGGCAUCCCUCUCCUCCAAUUCGAGAUGUGUUGAGAAUAAGUUAUGACGGAUUGGAUGGCGGACGAAGGCAGAUAUUUCUUGACAUUACUUACUUUUUUGAACGAAAACGUAAAGAUCAAGUCAUGAGCCUACAUUAUGCCAAUGGCAUUUUUGGUGAUUGUGGAAUAAAAGGACUUCUAAAUAAAGGUCUCAUAUCCGUUUCAAAUGACAAUAUGAUACGAAUGCCUGACAUGAUUCAAGAAAUGGGUUGGGAAAUAGUUUGCAGAGAAUGGAACAAAAAUACUGAACAAAGAUGGCACUGGGAGAAACUUGUGCUACAGUACGAUCAGGUGCGCAGUAGAGACCCUGUGGUCUUGUUUGGAACGGAAUAUAGGCCGGUGGUCACGGAGGAUUGA